GAAUUACCAUGAUAAAAUUCGUCAGAGAUACUUUUGGUUAUACAACGUUUGUGAUACAUUUUGAAACCUGACCCCUGAUUUUUUGCUAGAGUGGAAGGAUAUAGUAGCAGUAGAGCAGUUCCUCGGCACUUCCGUGUACAACAUGAUACUAUGAUCACGAGAAGCAGAUGUGCUAUUUUCAGCAUAGAUUUUUUCGAAAAUCGGCCUCAUUUUCUCCAAACAUGCCACGAAUGUGGAAGGGAUAUUUAGCCGUGGUCGGGGGAAUAAUUGUGCACUUAUCACUCGGAACUACGUACACUUUUGGAAACUUGACAUCUUACCUCACCUCCUACAUAAGGGAAUUAUCCUACCCACAUGAUUUGAAUUAUCAGACUGCAGAAUGGAUCUUUGCAAUGGCUGGCAUGGGUCAGGGGAUGUCCAUGUUUCUUGGUGGGGCAAUAUUUAGGAAAUUUGGUGCUAGAGUGGCAGCUUUUCUAGGGUGUGCUCUAAUGAGUGGUGGAGUUCUUCUUACUUCUGUGACAAUCAAACAUUCAUUUCUAUUAACCUUGCUAACAUAUGGUAUCAUGUUUGGACUGGGAGUGGGCAUGGCAUAUGCUCCUUGCUUGGCUAAUUCCAUGAAGUGGUUUCCUGAUCACAAAGGGUUGGUCAAUGGACUGGUGGUGGCAGGGUUUGGAGGAGGAGCAUUUAUAUUCAACCAAGUACAAACAGCCUACAUCAACCCUCAUAACUUACCAGUAAAUAGCGCAAGGUAUUUUACUGAAAAAAAGCUGCUGGAGCGUGUGCCAAGUUGUUUUUUAGUGCUAGGGGGAUCAUAUGUAGCUAUGCAGUUUGUGGGAAUCCUCAUAUUAUUUGCUCCCCCUGAGGCACACUCUCGAAGGGCUUCCAUUCAAGAAGAUGAAAGUGCUCUGUUACCUGAAGAUCGGUCAGAUUCUGAUGUUGAUUACAAAAAGAAAAUGGCACCAAACAUAGCAAGAGAUUACUAUCCAAAGCAAAUGAUUAGGUCCAAAUAUUUCUAUAUUCUCUGGUUUAUUUUUCUUUUAAAUGGACAAGCAGUGAUAUUUUCCUCUAGUUUAUACAAGGCAUAUGGGCAGACCUUCAUCAAAGAUGACCAGUUCCUGGCAAUAGUGGGUGCCUUUGCAGCAGUCUUCAAUGCUGGGGGAAGGAUCUUCUGGGGGGUUAUUGCUGAUAAAUUUUCUUUCAAGACUGCCAUGUUAUGUCUAUGCACCAGUAUGUGUGCCCUGAUGAUGACCUUCAUCAUUGCCCCGCUGGGAGGCAAGGUCAUGUUUUUCAUCUGGGUGUGUCUAAUCUUUGGUACCUUCUCUGGAAACUUUUCGCUCUUCCCCACUGCCACAGCCAAGGCAUUCGGUGCCAAGCAUGUGGCCGUGAACUAUGGAUUGUUAUUCACGUCACAGGUCAUUGCUCCUCCUCUUGGGGCCUUCCUUACCCAGCAGCUGCUACAUCUUAUAGGCUGGUUCUUCAUGUUCUGUAUUGUAGCCGGGUGCUCUUUUAUAAGUUUAAUCCUGACAUUCCUGUUCAAUGUGAAGACACGAGAGGGAAAAGACAUCUAGAUCUCUGUUUAAGAGGGUGUUAUAAAGAAUUCCAUAAUUAGAGACACAAGAGGAAAAAGAUAUCUAGAUCUCUGUUCAAGAGGGUGUUAUAAAGAAUUCCAUUAUAGAGACAAGAGAGGAAAAGAUAUCUAGAUCUCUGUUUAAGAGGGUGUUUGUAAAGAAUUCCAUUAUAGAGACAAGAGAGGAAAAAGAUAUCUAGUUCUCUGUUUAAGACGGUGUUAUAAAGAAUUCCAUUAUAAUGACAGGAGAGGAAAAAGAUAUCUAGAUCUCUCUUCAAGAGGGUGUUUUAAAGAAUUCCAUUAUAGAGACAUGGGAGGGGAAAAAUUUAUAAAUCUCUGUUCAAGAGGGUGUUAAUUAGACUGAAUUCCUUAAUAGAGACACAAGAGGAAAAAGAUAUUUAGAUCUCUCUUCAAGAGGGUGUUAUAAAAGAAUUCCAUGGAUUUUUCACAACUGGGUAUUUACAAUAUCCAGUCUAUCAAAACAUUACUGUAGAAGCUUUCUAUGCAAAAAAAAAAUUGAAAUUUUUAUGUUACCUUAUAACAUAUCUCAAUGAAGAACUUUCAUAGUUUAAAAGAAGGCACAGUUAUGACAGUAACGUACUGUAAUGGAUUUGCACAAAAGGUUUACAAAUAAUUCCUAGUUAUAGGAUUACAGUGUUUAAGAGAAAGCAGAAAAGUGGACCACAAAUAAAUAGAACCUGCAAUCCCCUUGCUCCACUGAAACCUCUCCACUUGUGCAAUUUGAAUGUUUAUUUUGUGGAGUUUUUUCCAAUACCAAGUGUAAUAUACAGAUAUCUGUGGGUCUGCAAGUGUGUCUUUUCUCUCUUUUUGGGGAAAAGCAGGGUAUGAACCCACUUUUCCAUAUAUAAAAUAGGCAUGGAGGGUGCAGGUGCCUUGUUACCUACACACAUUUGCUCUGAUUUGAUAUAUUAUAUAUGCAUUGUUAUAAUAUAAAUACUGCUGUACAUAUUUAAUAUAAAAUGCUGUGAUUAUACUUGUACAUAUUUAUACCAGUAUCAACUAAAAUCAUUAAUGGUAGUUGAUGCUAUGAAAGUUUAAUAAUAUUUUUGCCUUUUUUCUUAGAUCUCUUUUGAAUUAUAUUGAUAUUUAAUAUGUUAGUAUGACUUGGAUUUUUAUGACUGGAGCAGCAUUAUGGCUAAAAAGAUGCCAAACAUGUAAGUUAACAUAUUGAAUUAUUACAUUGCUUUGUCCAAGAUUUUAUGAUUUAUGGAUUUUCGUUGUUGAAUUUUUGUCCCCAGGUGACAGCACUAUACAGGACAUCCUCACCACCACAGUGGCAAAUUCUCUUAGUUUGAAUACAAGAAAUAAUAUUAUGAUAUCUUUUUUCCCUAGACUCUUGUUUUUGCUGGUAAGAUUUUUCAUUUAUUUAUUUGAUGAAAAGUUGAUUUGUCAUAAUGCUUUUCACCAAAUUGUGUCAAAUCUUUUGUUUUUUUUUAAUGAUACACAAUAACACUCACGUUGUCACAAUUGAUUCUGAAAAAAUAUUCCCUUGAAUAUAUGCACAGCACAAAUAUUAUACUUUACUCUGUUGAUGUCAAAAUUGUUUACAUCAAUGACAUUCACAGAAAAUAUUUUAAAUUUUUUAUUGUGAAUUAACAUACAAUAAGUUGUUUAUUCCAGUAAAAUGUAUCUUGUUAAAUAAAUAUGCUACUUUUUUUUUCUUA